AACACACAACUCCACGCAAAGCGCAAGCAGAAACAAGCGCGAUGAAUGGUUUUCCACACCCUCCGCGGCCAGUCGCAUGGCAGGAGGCCAAGACUCCUGAUGGUAGGGUUUAUUACUUCAAGCCUGGGACUCAGGAGACCACCUGGGCGAAACCAGAGGAGCUCAAGACAGACAACGAAGUGAGUAUUGAACCACUGCCAAAAUCACUCCCAAACCCACUGCCAAAUCCAUUGCCAAAUCCCCUGCCCCACUGCCAUUACAAUUAUCAUCUAACAAUCGAUAACCAGCGUGCUCUCGAUGGCACGCCCUGGAAAGAAUAUACCGCGGAGGAUGGCAGGAAUUAUUGGCACAACACGGAGAGCUCUGAAACAACAUGGACUAUGCCGCAAGUUGUUACCGACAAGCUCAAAGCAAUCCGUGAUGCUCCACCUCAGCGCCCAGCUGCUAUUCCAAAUGCUUCAGGAUGGGCAGCCGGGCCAACCUCUCUACAAUCGUACAACCAAAGGUCUCACGAUCGCGACGAUCACCCACCAGAACGACGCGAUCGCGAGCGAGAGGCAAACUAUGGAGGCGAGCGACCAGCGGUCUCUUUCGGCUCCUCAACGGAAAUAAUGUUCUCCAACCCCCAAGAUGCGGAAGAAGCUUUCAAGAAUCUGCUAAAGAAGCUCAAGGUUCAAUCCGAUUGGUCUUGGCCCCAAACUGUUCGUGUUGGAAUAAAGGAUCCCAACUGGCGCGCCAUACCCGACCCCAGGGAGCGCGAGACGGCCUUCAAGAAAUAUUGCGAAGACCUUCGCGCCCAGGACAAGGCAAAGGAGCAGGAACGUCAGGUGAAGUUGCGGUCUGAUUUUACUGCCAUGUUGCGAUCCCACCCAGACAUCAAGUAUUACACCAGGUGGAAGACAGCCCUACCUAUGAUCGAGAACGAGGCUAUUUUCCGGUCUGCCAAGGACGACAGCGAAAGGAGAGGACUAUUUGAGGAAUAUAUACUCACGCUGAAGCGAGCGCACGCCGAGAACGAAGUGGAGGAGAAAAAGUCUGCCUUGGACAACCUAGCAAACCUUCUUCAGGGCUUGGACAUCGAACCGUUUACCCGCUGGAAUGUGGCUGAGGAGAAAUUGCACAGCAACAACGAAUUCACCAGCGAGAAGUACAAAACCCUGAGCAAAGUGGAUGUUCUAAAUACCUUCGAAAAUCACAUUAGGGAGUUGCAACGAGAGCUUAACGAUCGCGUACAAGCAGAAAGGCGCGCCAAACACCGACUCGAGCGAAAGAACCGCGAUGCUUUCGUUAAGCUGUUGCACGAGCUUCAAGAUAACGGCAGGCUGAAAGCUGGUACAAAGUGGAAGGAGAUUCACGAGCUCAUUCAUGACGACCCGCGGUAUGUUGCAAUGCUGGGUCAGAGUGGAUCAACUCCUCUCGACCUGUUCUGGGAUACACUCGAGGAGGAGGAUGGAAAGUUCCGUACGCUGCGACGAUACGCUCUUGAAGUUCUGGAGAAUCAACGUUUCGAAGUUACCACCAAUACUCCCUUCGCAGACUUCCUCAGUGUCAUGCGAAAUGACUCGCGCACUGCUAACCUUGACGAACAGUCACUGAAGAACAUUUUCACCUAUGUCAUCAGCAAGGUCAAGAAACGAGAGGACGACGAACGCCGCGAUACCGAGCACCACGAGCGUCGCGCGCUGGACGACUUCCGUUCCCUCCUCAAACAUCUCGAGCCUCCCGUAUCAGUUGCGGACACCUGGGAGGCGGUGCGUCCACGUGUUGAGAAAUCUGAGGAGUUCCGUGCUGUUAAGUCUGAACAAUCUCGUCAGUCAGCCUUCGACAAGUACAUCCGCCGAUUGGAAGAAAAGAAACGAGACAGGGAGAGAGAUCGUGAGCGCGACCGGGACCGAGAGCGGGACCGAGAGCGGGAUCGCAGCAGGCGCGACCCACGUGAUCGUGAGAGGGACCGUCGUGACCGAGAUCGUGAGUACCGUAACGGCCAUUCAGACUCUCACCGUCGUCAUCGUACGCGAACGCGCUCACCUGAAUAUGACUCGUAUGCAGCCGAGAGAAGACAAGCUCAGCAAGAUCGCGAGGCACGUUACAGGAACAACGAUAGCACUGGCCUCUCACCACCCCACCGCCGUCAUAGGGACGACGAUCGCUACGAACCCUCUCGCCAGGGUAGUGGUGAUCAUUAUGGCCGUGAACGUCGUGAGCGCGAAGCCGAGCGUGAGCGAACAUAUGUCAGUAGGGCUGAUCCCCGCGAACGAAGCGUCAGUGAGCUAGACUAUGGAGACAGCCGUCCAGCCUCGACUAGGCGUCGGCGUGACAGUGAUGAUAGCGCAAGCCGGCGUGACGUAAAACGAACAAAGUUGUCUCCGCGUCGUGAUCCCAGGUCCAAAACACCGGUGCAGCAGCAAGCUGUCGACCCAAAAGAUGAUCCUGGUCUACGUUCUGGUAGCGAAGAGGGCGAGAUUGAGGAGGAUUAAGUUGGUCUUCACAACAGUACGACACCCUAAACGCUUUGAACAGGUCUUUUGCAGUUCAUGGAUUUGUCUAGCAUUGACUCUACCUCCCCUUGCAAAAGCCAAACCCCAAUCCAGGCGCCGGCCCUCGAUCCAGAUGGAGAUUAGGCCGUGAGUAAGUGCAUGAUACUAAAAAUAAUUGCUUUUAACUUCACAUGGCUCUGUGACUUGACUCACGAAGUGUUCUCAAGUUUUGUAUAGUUUGCAUAGUAUGAUAGGGUAUAGCCCUUGUUAGUUUACCCUUGGAGAAAAUGUUAUUUAGUCGAUUUCCUG